GCGUCACAUUUGUAAUCAGGAAGUGAUCUGCAGACUCUUCUCUCCCGUCUCCUGGCGUGAGUCUGGACUGGAUCAGUAACCUGUCUCAGUUCUUCUCAGGAGUCCGGAUCAUAAAGGUCCCACAGGUGUCUCCAGCAUGGCGAUAGAAGCCUGGUUCAUGGACAGCUCGGAGGAGGACGUGAAGAAGCCUCACAGACUGGACCCGAACCAGUCCGUGUCCCUGGAGGAGUUAAAGGCUCUGGGAGUGUUUUCAUGGAAGCUGAACGCCGACAUCUACGAAAACGACCCAGAGCUGGAGAAGAUCCGUAAAGAGCAGGGCUACUCCUUCAUGGACACCAUCACGAUCCACAGGGACACACUGCCUGACUAUGAAGCAAAGUUGAAGGUUUUAUACUCGGAGCACCUUCACCUGGACGAUGAGAUCCGUUACAUCCUGGACGGCCGGGCCUACUUUGACGUCAGGGACAAGCAGGAACGAUGGAUCCGCAUCCUCCUGACCAAAGGAGACCUGAUCACUCUACCGGCCGGCAUCUACCACCGCUUCACCCCCGACGAGACCGAGUACACAAAAGCCAUGAGGCUGUUUGUCGGGGAACCGGUGUGGAAAGCUUACAACCGACCUGCAGACGAGUUUGAGAUCCGGCAGAAGUACCUGUCUUCUCUGCAGGGAUCCUGAGCAAGAGCAGGUUCCACAUGAACACUGAUGGUUUAAAGAAUAAUCUAGAUUAUUUAAAGGUGUCCUGUAGCUGAGCAGACACGUCCACAGUUUCAGAGGUGAUGUUUCAGAUAGAAAGCUACAGGUUUCUUCAUUUCAUCCCAAUUUACACUUAAGGAAACUUCACAUUUCACUCGUUAGCAGCUACCGUUAGUUUUGUGUCAUACAUACUACACAGCAAAUAAAAAGGACUUUAGUUUUGAUGCCAGUUUUACUUUAACUUAAAGGGGCAGUGUUUGAGAUUUAGUGACACCUAGUGGUGAGAGUCCAGAUUGCACCCAACUGACAAAUCCACUUCAUCCUCCUCUUUUUAUUCAGCUGAACUUAAUGUAGCUGCAGAAUCUUUUUAAGUGCAAAUUCAAGCUUUGAAGCUCAUGUUUUUUGUCCCUUAUGGGCUACUGUAGAAAGUGCACACCUUAUUUGAAAAGGUGCUCCAUUUGUAGAGAUAAUCAGCUUAUUUUGAAACAUACAAUACUUGCAAUAACUUUUAUUGUCUGGUGAUAAUGCUUUAAUAAAACCUUAGAAAUAUUUAAUUAUGCUUCCCUUUUUUUUAGACUCUGUACUUUGAAUUUAAAGCAGAAAUUAAAGAAUAUUUUUACCUUUUUUUAGGGUUUGAAUAAUCGAUUCCCAGCAGAACAAUCAGCAGUGCCUUACUCUGUGUCCUUACCUUCUUCAGCAUGUUGUAAAAAUGAAUUAUGCAGCUUCUCCUGAUCAGCUAUUAAAUAUAAGUCAAAUAAAAGUCAAAGUUUUUGUUCUAUGGAAAAUAAAGCGGUUAUAAAGCUCA